CCCUAAAAAAACACUCGUAUUCCGUCCCUGCUCGAGCUCCCGAUUUCUGAAUUUGUUCCUCGUUUCGUUGCCAGCCCAAUCGGUUCAGUUUCGGCGGUAACAAGAUCAACUGCGGUCGCCAGUCGAUUCUGUGAGCCUGCCAGCCAUGGAGUUGUCCAGUUCCGUCUCGUCCACGGCGGCGGCGGCGGCGCAGGCGCGGCUGCUCCGGCCGCCGUCGUUUCGCCAGCCGGGGCCGGCGGGAUUCGUGUCCUGUAGGAGUUACGCUAUAAGGAGCAAACUGGUGAGGGCGAUGCCUCCGAUCCUUGCUAGCUUCCAGCCUGCAUCUCCUCGGUACCCAAGCUUUCAAGACGCAAAUGGCAAAAGACGAAAUGUUCCUUGUUAUCAGAGACAACAAACCCCGCAGGUAGAAGCCAGGUCGAUGGAGGAGGUAUAUGACACUUUGGCUGAACACCUUCUUUCGGUCUUGAAGAAUAUUGAACAUCUUGAUUCAAAAUACAUUGUUGGUCUAGCUGGCCCACCUGGUGCUGGCAAGUCCACAGUUGCCUCUGAAGUUGUUCGACGUGUUAAUACAUUUUGGUCCCAGAAGCACACAAAGGGUAGUGGAGCACCGCUUCCUACCAAGGAAAUUGCUGCAAUGCUUCCAAUGGAUGGUUUCCACCUUUAUCGUGCCCAGCUUGAUGCAAUGGAGGAUCCAAAAGAAGCACAUGCAAGAAGAGGAGCACCCUGGACAUUCAAUCCAUCACUGUUUCUGAAAUGUCUACAUACACUAAGAACAGAGGGUUCAGUUUAUGCUCCAUCAUUUGAUCAUGGUGUUGGCGACCCAGUUGAGAAUGACAUAUUUGUAAAGCCACAGCACAAAAUAGUGAUAGUUGAAGGGAACUAUCUGUUACUGGAAGAAGAUGUUUGGACCGAAAUUAGAGACUUGUUUGAUGAGAAAUGGUUCAUUGACAUUGACAUUGAUAUCUCCAUGCAAAGAGUGCUCAAGAGACAUAUUGCAACCGGAAAAGAGCCAGAUGUAGCAGCAUGGAGGAUCUCCUACAACGACCGACCGAAUGCAGAGCUUAUCCUGGAAUCAAGGAAGAAUGCUGACCUUGUGAUCAGAUCAGUAGACUUCUCAAGCUAGUGUUCAAUUCUUUCAAUAGGAAAUAGCAUUGUGGUUCUAGAGUUGGAGGUUGUUGUGGGCUGUUUCCGUGGAGAUUCCUGUACAUAUAAUAAGCUGAAUGCCUGUUUCAAAUUUUCAUGGUGAUUGUGUUGCAUGUAAUAAGAUAUUCCUUCACUAUGUACCGUGGAGGAUUGUUAAGUAAUUUAUUGACAUUUUUUAAUAGAAACACCCUUCAGAUU